AUGCCGAAACCGGCUCAAACGACCGAACAGCCUAAACCUCAGACCACCACCCAGGGUCCUCCUCCCAAACCGACCAACAACGGCAGCAACAAUCAAAACACAACACCUAAACCUCCGCCGCCGCCGCCGACGACGUCUCAUGGAAACCCCUUCGGAAUUGGUGGCUACGGCGGUCUCAGCUUUGGCACUGAUGGUAUUGAGCACAGCGGCGGUCUCGGUGUCGAGAUCGGCGGAAAGACAUACGGCAUUGAUCACAACGGCGGUAUCCACUGGAAGCGUCUCGAGCCGCGGGCACCUCAGCUUCCGAACAUCAAUAAGACUGUGAUCGAAGACUUCACCGGCGACACGUACAACUGGACUGUCAACGUACCGACUGGCAACUAUCGGCUGGCUGCGUAUGAUACGCAGACGGGAAUCAUGAGCAACAGCCACAUCUUCGAAGUCGUCGACGGUGGCACCUCCUGCAUGACUGCUGCGGACUGGGGCGAUCUUCCGACUGGUCUCAGCGCAGGAGCGAUCGCCGGCCUCGUUGUCGGUUUGAUCGCCGGUCUGUCGAUUCUCGGAGCCAUCUUCUACGUCCUUCGGCGGAGAAGGCGAUCUAGCGGCCACAGGCAGGGUCAUGGACACGGAGAGUUCUGGAGAGUCCACAGCAACCACUCUGUGGAGAGCUUUGGUAAUCUCGGGGCCGGUGGGCGCAGUUUCCGGGUACCGAAGUCACCACGGGAAGCGUAUUGGAACGAUCCCGCAUCGGCACAGUAUGAACUGAACGAGAAGGGCUCGCACUACUAUGCCGGUAACACGCCGCCGCUCCCUAGCCACACCUUCCGACCACUUCGUCCACCGCUCCCCGACCUUCCUCCUACAACGCCGCGGGCCGACAGCCCCUGGGACAGUGACACGAUAGCGACGUCCGAUCGGCGGUUCAGCAGAGACCUCAGUACUCAUACGGGAACGUCACACUGGCCGCCGGCGUCGAUUCACUCAGGCAAUAGAUCCUUCAUGGGCGGGUCGAUGCUUCAACCGACAGUCACGGGCCACUCGAUUGCGGCGACUGCCCACUCUAUCGCGGCUACUGCUGGCUCGUUCCAAGACCGCAUGCCGCCCUCGAUCAUGGAGGUGCGAGCGGGUGUGCGAUCGGUAGCUAUGUCGGCGGUCUCGUCAAUGGCCACUGCUGGAGACCGAGAGCCACCCGUCCUCCCCGUGUCGCCCGAUAACACAGGAGAUACUGUCGACAUGCUCGACAUUAACUCGGCCUACGGCGGCAUUGACUCGACGGGCGGUGGCUAUAGCCACAUGGAGAGGAGCAGCCGACCAGAGAACCCUGCCUGGGUCCCGCAGACCCCGUCAGCUUCCGCCUGCAAACCUCUCAGCGAUGAGUCCUACACUCCCAGCUCGCCGGUACCGGAGAGCUCGGCCCCGCGCCUGCUUGCUGGCCCUACCGCACCGUUACGUCCCAAACCACGGUCACCCGAUCACGCACGGGCGCAGACUGGUAGUGGCGCUCCUGAGCCCGCCUCCUCGGAGGCGGGGGCGGGGCACGCUCGCGAGGACAGCGAGAGUUCCGGCGAGACGGCCUCGACGACGACGGCGCACAUUCAGAAAACCAUGAAUAAUCUGAAGCAGCAACACCGUAACGACUCCGAUAACGACAUCGCCCGUUCCUUCCCCAACACGUUCUCAUUCCUGGAGCAUCCAUAUUCGAUGCCCAACGCGCCGGGCGACCGCGUGUCGAACCCACUCAGCCAGAUGUGGAGCCCGAGCGACGGAGGUCACUCGGACUGGUCGCACUGGGGACGCAGAACGGACGAGGCAUAG